AUGAGCACAUUCAAAUUCGAGAUGGAUGUACUUGCUCUCUUUUCAAUAUUCCUCGCUGCUCAAUGUAGCUCCGAAGUACUACCCUUUCGUAACACUUCCCUCUCGCGCGAGGAACGAGUAGGUGACCUGUUGAGUCGUCUCGACCUCGAUGAGCUCACGGAACAGUUACUUUACGGCGGCGCUGGUGUUGCUCACGGACCUGCACCAGCCAUUCCACGACUCGGGAUCGGCCCCUACCAAUGGCGUUCCGAAUGCCUCCACGGCUACGGGUUUGACGGUGAUGCAACCAGCUUUCCUCAAGCCAUUUCCAUGGCUGCCACUUUUGAUAAAGACCUUAUCCAUGCGGUUGCCAAUGCAACUGCCUACGAGGCGCGUGCGAAAUACAACACUUAUGUGCGCGCCGGUGAAUAUCAGGAUCACAAAGGUAUCAACUGCUUCUCUCCAGUGGUGAAUCUACUUCGUCAUCCUCUGUGGGGUCGGAACCAGGAGACCCUAGGCGAGGAUCCCUUUUUAUCAGGAGAGUUGUCCAAGGCCUUCGUGCGUGGUCUCUCCGCGCUGCCGUCACGAGGGCUACUGUCACGGAAGCUGGUGGAGGAGGAGCACAUCUAUCUUACUGCCGCCUGCUGCAAGCACUUUGCGGUUCACUCCGGACCCGAGAAUUUGCCUGUCUCGCGACUUAGCUUCGAAGCCAACGUCUCCGCUGCUGAUCUCUGGCUAACCUUUCUGCCAGCCUUUCGUGGUUGUCUGGCCGACGGCGUUGCACAGUCCGUUAUGUGCUCCUACAAUGGUAUUAACGGAGUGCCCAACUGUGCUAAUCCCUUGCUGCUCAAGAGGAUUUUGCGGGAGAUGUGGGGAUUCAAGGGCUUCGUGAUUAGUGACGAAGGUGCACUGCAAUUCUUGGUUUCCGAGCACAGAGCUUUUAGCACCUAUCUUGAAGCCGCCAAGGCAGCUUUUGACGCGGGUGUCAACAUUGAAAAUUCACAAGAGAUCGUCCGCGGUGUCUACAGCUCCCUCCCCCUGCUUGUUGCUGCUGGAAUCAUCAGGAGGUACCAACUGGAGGAGAUGAAUCGACCUCUCUUUCUCACUCGUAUGCGACAAGGAGAAUUUGAUCCCCCGGACAGUAACCCUUACUCCUCACUGAGCAAAGACGACUUUAUCCAAAGCCCCAAACACCGACAACUUUCAUUAGUAGCUGGAUGUCGGUCAACGGUGCUACUCAAGAACACGAAUCGUUUUCUACCCUUUUCAAAAAGGGUCAAGAAUCUCGCUCUUAUCGGUCCUUUUGCAAAGCGCAUGGACGAGCUGACUGGCUCCUAUUCAGCCUCCCGCAUGCCGCAAUACGAAACCACCUUGGAAGAAGGUCUGAAGGAAGUUGCUGACGUCCUGUACACCCUGGAAUUCUGUAACAACGGCGCUCGCUGCACCUCGGGCGAUGAGGCUGGUCUUAUCAAAUUACUCAAUUCCACGAAGGCAAAAAUGCCCAAUGCCAUUAUAGUCACCCUUGGCACGGGCAGCACUCUGGUCACGGAGUCUCAAGAUGCACGGAGCCUGCAGCUCUUCGGUCAGCAGCAGCGAAUGCUUGAGCUUAUCUCCAUCCACGCGCCGUCAGUUCCUGUUGUAGUCUUCGUCUACUCUGCUGGACCUGUGAACAUAUCGGCUGCGAUUGUGUCGCCUCAGGUGCAAUCCAUCCUCUGGUUCGGGUACCCCGGUCAAGAGGCAGGCCGAAUAGCCGCGCGCAUGCUCCUGGGUAAUCCGGGCGCUCCGUACUACUCCGAGGGAGUACCUACUUCUCUCUACUCCGGCAUCGAUACCUUAACCACUACUGCCGGCCUUGACAGACAUUGGGGAUAUUGGUGGUUGCCAGCAGGUCGUCUGCCCUUCACCUGGUACGCCAGUCUUUCGAACCUGCCCGCAAUCACCGACUACGAGAUUAGCAACUACACCUAUCGUUUCAACCCGCUUCAUGUCUGUCUGCGGAAUAACACUACCUGCCAAGAAGUGGCCUUUCCUUUCGGCUACGGGCUCUCCUACAACUAUGCUCCCUCCAUUGGUGGGGGCUUCGCCUACCGAAAUCUCGACUUGCCCGUUCUCACUGUUUCUGCUUCGAUCGGUUUCACUUUCACAGUGGAGGUCGUCAACAGGGGUGUACUUGCCUCCGAGGAGGUUGUACAGGUCUACCUCGACUGGUUGACUCUUUUUGGAACCAAAGUAGAGGAUAACUUCGGUGGACGGUACAAAGCGGCUUCGAGACAGUUAGUGGGCUUUGAGCGGCUUUCACUUUUCGCUGGAGAAGUGCGAAAGGUGCGAUUCGUAGUGGUACCAGAGCAAUUGAAGGUGUGGAGCUACGUGACGAAGACUCAGUCACAGCUCUGCCUCGCGAACAUGCGUAACAACAAUAACUGUGGCGGACCGGUGGCUGCCUCGGGAACUGUUCGCCUCAGUAUCGGUGGUCAGCAGCCCUUUCAGGCAAAAGCAGUUAAUUCUAAUGUUAUUGUCGCGAUGCUAGUUGUGAUUGACCACUGA